AUGGAAGCAAAAAGCCCCAUUCACAGUGGGGAGAAACCGUAUUCAUGUUCACUAUGUGGACGAGGCUUCAGUCGAGCAUCUGGUCUGUCAAGGCACAGGCACAGUCAUGUCGGGGAGAAACCAUGUAAGUGUGGAGAUUGUGGGAAGGGAUUCAGUUACCCCUUUGAACUGGAAAUUCAUCGGCGCAGUCACACUGGAGAGAGGCCGUUCAUCUGCUCGGUCUGUGGUAAAGGAUUCACUCAUUUUUCUGCCCUCCUGAAGCAUCAGCGUGUACACACUGAUGAGAGACCUUUCAACUGCCCAGAUUGUGGGAAAUGCUAUAAAAGUUCAGGAGAACUUACAUGCCAUCAGCGCAUUCACACUGACGAGAGACCGUUCAGAUGCUCUCACUGUGGGACUGGUUUCCGGCGAUCAUCCGACCUCACUGUGCAUCAGCGUACUCACACUGGGGAGCGGCCAUUCACCUGCUCCGAGUGUGGGAAAGGGUUCCCUCAGUCGUCCCAGCUCACAGCUCAUCAAUUAGUUCACACUGACCAGAGGCCUUUUAAAUGUUCUGGCUGUGAGAAAAGUUUUAAAAGCAAAAAGGUUCUGGUAACUCACCAGCAAGUUCACACCGGGGAGUGGCCGUUCAUCUGCUCUGCUUGUGGGAAAGGAUUUGCUCGUUCCUCCCACCUACAGAAGCAUCAACGAGUUCACACGGGAGAGAGACCAUUCUUCUGCUCUGUGUGUGGGAAAGGGUUUGCUCAGUCCUCCACACUACUGAGACACCAGCAAAUUCACAAAUAG